AAUGAAGAAAUGGGGAGUGUAAUCUUUAAUCAAAAUCAAAAUAUUUCAUCUCAAGACAUAAUACAAAUAUCCAUAAGAAAAAAAGUAGAUGAUUUAUCAGAGUAUCCUAAAUUAGAUGAGGGAAUAUCUAACAUCAACGAAAAUAAGAAUGAAUGUCUUAUCGCUUUACCUUAUUCUAAUGUACACGAGAUGCUUUAUGAUCAAAACAAAGAUCUAUAUGGUGAUGAAUAA